GCUGGCAGGUUGUCAAAUUGCGUCGAUCGGUUUUCGGUGACUGAAAAUCGUAAUAGGUUGCCGGCGAAGAUUUUUAUUAAUUUAUCACAAAUUUUAGUUUUUGUUUAUGUAAAUAUUUGUGGGAGAACGUAAAACACUCAGCAUUCACCAUGACUGCAGAGCCGCAAACUAAGGCGAAGCUGCCUUACCUCUCUUCUGAUAAACAGCUCACUUUUAUAAAAUUGUCUGUUUUAUCAAUGGCAGCGAUUUUAUCGUUUGCAACUCGCUUAUUCUCAGUACUGCGAUUUGAGAGUGUUAUCCACGAGUUUGACCCUUACUUCAACUACCGGACGACCCGGUACUUAACUGAAGAAGGGUUCUAUAACUUCCAUAACUGGUUUGAUGACCGAGCAUGGUACCCGCUAGGCCGUAUCAUUGGUGGUACCAUCUACCCUGGACUGAUGGUCACCUCAGCGACUCUAUACAAUGUAAUGCAGUUCUUCAACAUCACCAUUGACAUCAGGAAUGUCUGCGUAUUCCUCGCACCAUUCUUCUCUUCGUUAACCACCAUUGUCACCUAUCUCCUUACCAAGGAGCUGAAGGAUGAAGGCGCGGGUCUGGUAGCUGCGGCUAUGAUAGCCAUAGUGCCUGGCUACAUCAGCCGCUCCGUGGCUGGCAGCUACGACAAUGAGGGUAUCGCCAUCUUCUGUAUGCUGCUCACAUACUACUUCUGGAUCAAGGCAGUCAACACCGGCACUAUACUCUGGGCCACCAUGACCGCUCUUGCCUACUUCUACAUGGUGUCCUCAUGGGGCGGCUACGUGUUCCUGAUCAACCUGAUCCCACUGCACGUGCUGGCGCUGAUGGUGCUGGGCCGGUUCUCGGCGCGCGUGUACGUGGCGUACAGCACGCUGUACUGCGUCGGCACCAUCCUCUCCAUGCAGAUCUCCUUCGUGGGCUUCCAGCCCGUGCAGAGCUCCGAGCACAUGCUGGCUCUGGGCACAUUCGGUCUCUGCCAGUUGUACGCGUUUGCGCAGUACCUGCGCCAGCGCCUGUCGCCGGCCAACUUCGAAUUAUUAUUCCGCGCAUUGCUCACAACCCUGCUCGGUACCCUAGGCACUGCUGCUGUCGUGCUUACUCUCACUGGUAAAAUCUCACCAUGGACCGGACGAUUCUAUUCCCUGCUGGACCCAUCGUAUGCCAAGAACCACAUUCCUAUCAUUGCGUCAGUGUCCGAGCACCAACCUACGUCGUGGUCUUCGUUCUACUUCGACCUGCAAGUGCUAGUGUUCCUGUUCCCCGCCGGCCUCUACUUCUGCUUCACGAGGCUCUCCGAUGCCAACGUCUUCAUCAUACUCUACGGCGUGCUCAGCAUAUACUUCGCUGGCGUGAUGGUCCGUCUUAUGCUGGUACUGGCGCCUGUCAUGUGCAUAGUAUCUGGUGUCGCCGCGUCCAGUUUGUUAAGUCUUCAUGUGAAAGACAUAGAGCCGAAAGUCGAGAAACACGAUAAGAAGAAGAAGCAUGAAAAUAAUUUGGUGUUCCGGUCAGAGGUGGGCGCGCUGUUCGUGUGCGUGCUGGGCUGCCUGCUGGUGUCGUACGUGUUCCACUGCACGUGGGUGACGUCGGAGGCGUACUCGUCGCCCUCCAUCGUGCUGUCGGCGCGCGCCCACGACGGCGCCCGGAUCAUCUUCGACGACUUCCGCGAGGCCUACACCUGGCUCAAGAUGAACACCGCUGAGGACGCAAAAGUGAUGUCAUGGUGGGAUUACGGGUACCAGAUAACAGCGAUGGCGAACAGGACGGUGAUAGUGGACAACAACACGUGGAACAACACGCAUAUAUCCCGGGUCGGGCAGGCCAUGGCCUCCACCGAGGACAAGGCGUAUGAGAUCAUGAGGGAGCUGGAUGUUGACUACGUGCUAGUCAUAUUCGGAGGACUCGUCGGGUACUCUUCGGAUGACAUAAACAAGUUCCUGUGGAUGGUCCGUAUCGGGGGCAGCACGGACCGCGGCGCCCACAUCAAGGAGGCGGACUACUACACCCCGGCCGGCGAGUUCCGCGUCGACCACGACGGCUCCAACACGCUGCUCAACUGCCUCAUGUACAAAAUGAGCUACUACAAGUUCGGACUCGUCUACACUGAGGGCGGCCGGCCGCCAGGCUUCGACCGCGUCCGCGGCGCCGAGAUCGGCAACAAGGACUUCAACUUGGACGUGCUGGAGGAGGCCUACACCACCGAGCACUGGCUCGUGCGCAUAUACAAGGUCAAGCCGCUGCCCAACCGGGGCGUCUGAGACUAGCUGACGGCUCGUGGGGUAGAUGCGAGGUAGAAAGGCAGUCAAAUAAAUGCCCUAUCAACUAAAUAGCUGCAAAAAAUAAGACCUGGCGGAUCUAAGAAAGCAAUAUUACUAUCCGCUUCCAACCCGUAGUACAGGUACAGGUCAAAUACGUCUCCAAAAUAGUCACAAAACUAUCUACUAGAUAAACACUGGAAGGUUUAAGCAUCUAUUUUCAAUUCUUACUCGACUCCCGUGAGUAAAACCUUCAAAUCGAAGACGUAAACAUCAACUUAACUUGUCGAGUCGAGUGGAGGAUCUUUCGAGUUAAAGUUAGAUAAAGUUUUUAAAACUGCUCAAGCUAUUAGAUUUGCACAUCAAUAACAGCUAUGAAAUACCUAGUUUUAGGGAACCGCAUUUAAUGUAAAAGACAUAUAUAUUAUAUACUCAAUAUAAAGGGCUCAGUCAAGUCAAAAGUACUGCCUGUAUCUUGCAUCUAACUUACAAACGAACCAUGUUCAUAGCACAUUGAAAUUGAUAUCGGGUGCCUGCGAGAGUGAAUAGACAUUUAUUACCCGCUUUAAUAAAAUCCUUAUAACCAUACGAAUGUUAGUCAUAGGAACAAGAUUAUUAUGGAAUAUAAAAGUAACA